UAGCAGUGGUUAUUCAUGAUGACGCCCUCUUGAGGUCGGUGUGCUAGGUGAUGUUCCUGUUGAGCCCGUUGUGACUUCUGUGGUUUCCACUGAGACUAGACGAUCGUGAGCAGAACUGUCAAGUCACAGAAAGAUGACAUCAACAUCCCCCUCCCACAGCGACAGCAGCAGCGGCUCGUCCAAACAUGACAGCCAUCAGGUGUGUGUUUGCGUCCGUGUCUCUUCAUGUGCUUGCCUGUCUGAAUGAACACAGCUCUGUCUCAAAUGUCUUGUGGCAACAUUAGCAUUUUUAUGCUUAUCUUGACUGAACUAACGUCAGCUGAACUGACUGGAGGACACCUAGCAGCACUCCUAACACUCCCUGCCAGGGCCUGGGUUAGAGGACACAUUAAGGCAGAGAUACACAGCCUCUCCUCCUCUCUUAAUGUGGUUGGGUAUGCGUGUAACUCGCAUAAGUCCAUGUUUUGCCGUGUGUGUGUAACCCGAUGCGUCUUUGUCUACAGGACAGCUGGGAGAUCAUAGAGGGGCUGAAGGGUAACCCUGGCAACAUCCAGGAGCCGGAGAACCAGGAGGGCUUCCUGCUCAAGAGAAGGAAAUGGCCUAUGAAGGGAUGGCACAAGGUGGGUACAACCUCCCUGAGCCCUUACCUAUGAAGGGAUGGCACAAGGUGGGUACAACCUCCCUGACCCCUGACCCCUUACCUAUGAAGGGAUGACACAAGGUGGGUACAACCUCCCUGACCCCUGACCCCUUACCUAUGAAGGGAUGGCACAAGGUGGGUACAACCUCCCUGACCCCUGACCCCUUACCUAUGAAGGAAUGGCACAAGGUGGGUACAACCUCCCUGAUCCCUGACCCCUGACCCCUUACCUAUGAAGGAAUGGCACAAGGUGGGUACAACCUCCCUGAUCCCUGACCCCUGACCCCUUACCUAUGAAGGGAUGGCACAACAUGGGUACAACCUCCCUGACCUCUUACUGCAGGUAACUCUCGAGUGUCUAUCCUUGAUUCCUUGCAUCCUCUCUCCUCACCACCUUCUCUACAUGCAUUGGAGGAGAAGGUCAGAGGUUCUCUUCAGACCUUCUCUUCUGGACUAAAGGAUGUGAGGAGAGGACGUGAGGAAUCAAGCAGACACUUGAGAUACACCCUGGAUCUCUUUAACCCCUCCCUUACCUGGUGUUUAUCUAAAGCUCUGAUAAGAUGCUUAUGUUAAGCUGGAGGGGACAUUUGAAUGGAGCAUUUGAAUGGAUACCUUAUUGAUGUAAAAAGCUUUUGUCCACAACUGUAAUGUCUAAAAUGUGAAGUUAUUUACUUGGCCCAAAGCAGAUAAUUAGUGGCUGAACGUGACAGACAGAUGACUAAAACAGUUGUUACUUUCUCUUGCUAUCCAGAGAUACUUCUUGCUGGAGAAAGGCAUUCUGAAGUACUCAAAACGUAGAGCUGAUGUAAGUGGCUAUUCAAAAGUAUCUGUCAAGCAGAUGCAAUGCAUACACACACAGAAUUGAGUUAAUGUAUGUGUCAUUGAAGGAGCGAGAAUUCGCUCAGUUAGUUAGUUAGUCAGUCACACACACACACACUGACCUUUGCUUUUGUUUCCAGCUGAACAAGGGCAAGCUGCAUGGCUGCAUUGAUGUGGGGCUGUCUGUCAUGUCAAUAAAAAAAAAAACCAAGGCCAUCGAUCUGGACACCAACAACAACAUUUAUCACCUUAAGGUCUCUCUCUCUCUCUCUCUCUCUCUCUCUCUCUCUCCUAUUUAAAUGACAUCACGUAAGUCUCUUUGGAUAAAAGCGUCUGCUAAAUGGUAUAUUAUAUAUUAUUAUCUCUCUCCUAUUUAAAUGACAUCACAUCUCUCUGUCCAAUAGGUGACGUCUGAGAAGUCUCAGGAAGUGAAGUCACAGGAGCUGUUUGAUGAUUGGGUGUCAAAGCUACGACAUCACCGUGUCUUCCGGCAGAACGAGAUCGCCAUGUACCCCCACGAGAGGCACCUGUUUCACCCCUCCUCACACCUCUCGCCUAACCUCAACGACUCCAUGAGACAGGUACGAUUCUCCUUAGACACAGAUAUAUGAUCAGUUUUGUGCUUUUCCCCCUAAUGGUUAGGGUUAGAAUUUUGGAGAUGGUAAGCUGGCCCUAGAUCUGUGCCUAAGAGCAACCUCUUACUGGCGAUUCUUAACUGACCAAUCAUCAUUUAAUUAUUGUACUGUAUAAUGUAUUUUAUAUGAGUCAUUGUAUGUCUAUGCAUAUUCAAUUCCUUGUCUCUCACCCUUCCCCUCUCUCCCUCUCGCUCUAUCCGUCCCCCGCUCCCUCUCUCAGCAGCGCUCCAGUCUGGCUAAACAGGCAUCAGUUGUCCAGCAAGCUAAGGUCCGUGCCUGGCUUCACUCCUCAGAAGACAUGGACAGGUGCUGUAGAGGUAGGGAGGUCAAACAUCUCACCUGUCUGUCUGUGCCAUACCUUUCCUGAUGGAUCUUACCUUACUUACGGUCUCUGUAUCGAUUCUCUCUCACCUUCUCUAAUUCAUAUCUCUCACCUUCUCUAACUCAUAUUCCUCAUCCUUCUCUGUCAGACUUGGAGGAGUGUGAGUCGUACCUGUUGGAACUCAACCUGCUGCUGAAGAGUAUGGAGGUUCUCCACCGCACUUACUCUGCCCCCGCCAUCAACCUCAUGGUAACACAUAACCUUUGCCCUUUAACCUUGACCCAGUACACAUACUGUACUCAGCUCCUUUAACCUACACUACACUUAGUCUGACCCUCCUAUCAGUACAUGGUAGGUAUGCACACCUCACCUAACCUAUCAUACUAUCCAGGUCUGUGUCCAAACACUUCUAAAAAUCCACCUUUCCAGAAAUAAGUCUCUCAAUGUUGCCGCUUGCUACAGACCCCCCUCAGCCCCCAGUUAUGCCCUGGACACCAUAUGUGGAUUGCUUGCCCCCCAUCUAUCCUCAGAGUUCGUACUGCUUGGUGACCUAAACUGGGAUAUGCUUAACACCCCAGCAGUCCUACAAUCUAAACUAGAUGCCCUCAAUCUCACACAAAUUAUCAAGGAACCUACCAGGUACAACCCUAAAUCCGUAAACAUGGGCACCCUCAUAGAUAUCAUCCUGACUAAUUGACCCUCUAAAUACACCUCCGCUGACUUCAACCAGGAUCUCAGCGACCACUGCCUCAUUGCCUGCGUCCGUAAUGGGUCCGCGGUCAAACGACCACCCCUCAUCACUGUCAAACGCUCCCUAAAACACUUCAGCGAGCAGGCCUUUCUAAUUGACCUGGCCCGGGUAUCCUGGAUGGAUAUUGACCUCAUUCCGUAAGUAGAGGAUGCCUGGAUGUUCUUCAAAAGUGCUUUCCUCUCCAUCUUAAAUAAGCAUGCCCCAUUCAAAAAAGUCAGAACUAAGAACAGAUAUAGCCCCUGGUUCACCCCAGACUUGACUGCCCUUGACCAGCACAAAAACAUCCUGUGGCGUACUGCAUUAGCAUCGAACAGCCCCUGCGAUAUGCAACUUUUCAGGGAAGUCAGGAACCAAAAUACACAAUCAGUUAGGAAAGCAAAGGCUAGCUUUUUCAAACAGAAAUAUGCAUCCUGUAGCACUAACUCCAAAAAGUUUUGGGACACUGUGAAGUCCAUGGAGAAUAAGAGCACCUCCUCCCAGCUACCCACUGCACUGAGGCUAGGAAACACUGUCACCACCGAUAAAUCUACAAUAAUCGAGAACUUCAAUAAGCAUUUUGCUACGGCUGGCCAUGCUUUCCACCUGGCUACCCCUACCCCGGCCACCAGCUCUGCAUCAUCCGCUGCAACUUGCCCGUGCCCCACCCCCCGCUUCUCCUUCACCCAAAUUCAGAUAGCCAAUGUCCUGAGAGAGCUUCUAAAUCUGGACCCCUACAAAUCAGCUGGGCUAGACAAUCUGGACCCUUUCUUUCUAAAAUUAGCCCACCGAAAUUGUCGCUAUUACUAGCCUGUUCAACCUCUCUUUCGUAUAGUCUGAGAUCCCCAGAGAUUGGAAAGCUGCCGCGGUCAUCCCCCUCUUCAAAGGGGGUAACACUCUAGAUCCAAACUGUUACAGACCUAUAUCCAUCCUGCCCUGCCUUUUGAAAGUAUUUGAAAGCCAAGUUAACAAACAGAUCACCGACCAUUUCGAAUCCUACCGUACCUUCUCCGCUAUACAAUCUGGUUUCCGAGCUGGUCAUGGGUGCACCUCAGCCACGCUCAAGGUCCUAAACGAUAUAAUAACCGUGAUCGCUAAAAGACAGUACUGUGCAGCCGUCUUCAUCGACCUGGCCAAGGCUUUUGACUCUGUCAAUCACCGCAUUCUUAUUGGCAGACUAAAUAGCCUUUGUUUCUCAAAUGACUGCCUCGCCUGGUUCACCAACUACUUCUCAGAUAGAGUUCAAUGUGUCAAAUCGGAGGAGGGCCUGUUAUCUGGUCCUCUGGCAGUCACUAUGGGGGUGCCACAGGGUUCAAUUCUCGGGCCGACUCUAUUCUCUGUGUAUAUCAAUGAUGUCGCUCUUGCUGCUGGUGACUCUCAGAUCCACCUCUACGCAGACGACACCAUUUUGUAUACAUCUGGAACCUUCAUUGGACACUGUGUUAACAAACCUCCAAACGAGCUUCAAUGCCAUACAACACUCCUUCCGUGGCCUCCAACUGCUCUUAAACACUAGUAAAACUAAAUGCAUGCUCUUCAAUCUGCUUGCACCCGCCCGCCAGACUAGAAUCACUACUCUCGGCGGGUCUGACUUAGAAUAUGUGGACAACUACAAAUACCUAGGUGCCUGGUUAGACCGUAAAUUCUCCUUCCAUACUCACAUUAAGCAUCUCCAAUCCAAAGUUAAAUCUAGAAUCGGCUUCCUAUUUCGCAACAAAGCCUCCUUCACUCAUGCUGCUAAACAUGCCCUUGUAAAACUGACUAUCCUACCGAUCCUUGACUUCUGCGAUGUCAUUUACAAAAUAGCUUCCAACACUCUACUCAGCAAAUUGGAUGUAGUCUAUCACAGUGCCAUCCGUUUUGUCACCAAAGCCCCAUAUACUACCCACCAUUGUGACCUGUAUGCUCUCGUUGGCUGGCCUCGACUACAUAUUCGUUGCCAAACCCACUGGCUCCAGGUCGUCUAUAAAUCACUUCUAGGCAAAUCCACGCCUUAUCUUAGAUCAUUGGUCACCAUAGCAACACCCACCCGUAAUAUGCGUUCCAGCAGGUAUAUCUCACUGGUCAUCCCCAAAGCCAACACCUCCUUUUUAUUUUUUUUAUUUAGUCAUUUAGCAGAUGCUCUUAUCCAGAGCGACCUACAGUUAGUGAGUGCAUAAAUUUUUUUUCAUACUGGCCCCCCGUGGGAAUUUAACCCACAACCCUGGCGUUGCAAACGCCAUGCUCUACCAACUGAGCUACAUCCCUGGCCGCCAUUCCUUCCAGUUCUCUGCUGCAAAUGACUGGAACGAACUGCAAAAAUUUCUGAAGCUGGAGACACUUAUCUCCCUCACUAACUUUUAAGCAUCAGUUGUCAGAGCAGCUUACCGAUCACUGCACCUGUAACACAGCCCAUCUGUAAUUAGCCCACCCAACUACCUCAUCCCCAUAUUGUUAUUUACAUUGUUAUUUAUUUUGCUCAUUUGCACUCCAGUAUCUCUAUUUGCACAUCAUCUUCUGCACAUCUAUCACUCCAGUGUUAAUACUAAAUUGUAAUUAUUUUGCACUAUGGCCUAUUUAUUGCCUUACCUCCAUAACUUACUACAUGUGCACACACUGCGUUUUGUUUAUUCCAUAUGUAACUCUGUGUUGUUGUUGUUUUUAUCGCACUGCUUUGCUUUAUCUUGGCCAGGUCGCAGUUGUAAAUGAGAACUUGUUCUCAACUGGCUUACCUGGUUAAAUAAAGGUGAAAUACACUGCUCAAAAAAAAUAAAGGGAAUACUUAAACAACACAAUGUAACUCCAAGUCAAUCACACUUCUGUGAAAUCAAACUGUCCACUUAGGAAGCAACACUGAUUGACAAUACAUUUCACAUGCUGUUGUGCAAAUGGAAUAGACAACAGGUGGAAAUUAUAGGCAAUUAGCAAGACACCCCCAAUAAAGAAGUCGUUCUGCAGGUGGUGACCACAGACCACUUCUCAGUUCCUAUGCUUCCUGGCUGAUGUUUUGGUCACUUUUGAAUGCUGGCGGUGCUUUCACUCUAGUGGUAGCAUGAGACGGAGUCUACAACCCACACAAGUGGCUCAGGUAGUGCAGCUCAUCCAGGAUGGCACAUCAAUGCGAGCUGUGGCAAGAAGGUUUGCUGUGUCUGUCAGCGUAGUGUCCAGAGCAUGGAGGCGCUACCAGGAGACAGGCCAGUACAUCAGGAGACGUGGAGGAGGCCGUAGGAGGGCAACAACCCAGCAGCAGGACUGCUACCUCCGCCUUUGUGCAAGAAGGAGCAGGAGGAGCACUGCCAGAGCCCUGCAAAAUUACCUCCAGCAGGCCACAAAUGUGCAUGUGUCUGCUCAAACGGUCAGAAACAGACUCCAUGAGGGUGGUAUGAGGGCCCAACGUCCACAGGUGGGGGUUGUGCUUACAGCCCGACACCGUGCAGGACGUUUGGCAUUUGCCAGAGAACACCAAGAUUGGCAAAUUCGCCACUGGCGCCCUGUGCUCUUCACAGAUGAAAGCAGGUUCACACUGAGCACAUGUGACAGACGUGACAGAGUCUGGAGACACCGUGGAGAAUGUUCUGCUGCCUGCAACAUCCUCCAGCAUGACUGGUUUGGCGGUGGGUCAGUCAUGGUGUGGGGUGGCAUUUCUUUGGGGGGCCGCACAGCCCUCCAUGUGCUCGCCAGAGGUAGCCUGACUGCCAUUAGGUACCAAGAUGAGAUUCUCAGACCCCUUGUGAGACCAUAUGCUGGUGCGGUUGGCCCUGGGUUCCUCCUAAUGCAAGACAAUGCUAGACCUCAUGUGGCUGGAGUGUGUCAGCAGUUCCUGCAAGAGGAAGGCAUUGAUGCUAUGGACUGGCCCGCCCGUUCCCCAGACCUGAAUCCAAUUGAGCACAUCUGGGACAUCAUGUCUCGCUCCAUCCACCAACGUCACAUUGCACCACAGACUGUCCAGGAGUUGGCGGAUGCUUUAGUCCAGGUCUGGGAGGAGAUCCCUCAGGAGACCAUCUGCCACCUCAUCAGGAGCAUGCCCAGGCGUUGUAGGGAGGUCAUACAGGCACGUGGAGGCCACACACACUACUGAGCCUCAUUUUGACUUGUUUUAAGGACAUUACAUCAAAGUUGGAUCAGCCUGUAGUGUGGUUUUCCACUUUAAUUUUGAGGGUGACUCCAAAUCCAGACCUCCAUGGGUUGAAAAAUUUGAUUUCCAUUGAUAAUUUUUGUGUGGUUUUGUUGUCAGCACAUUCAACUAUGUAAAGAAAAAAAGUAUUUAAUAAGAUUAUUUCAUUCAUUCAGAUCUAGGAUGUGUUGUUUAAGUGUUCCCUUUAUUUUUUUGAGCAGUGUAAAAAAUAAAAUAAAAUAAAAAACCUAGACUCUAACCCUAACCUCUCUGUUUUCUCACUAUCCAAAUCAUUGUCUGUUCCUUCUUCCUCUUCUCUGGGACAUCAGGCCUCCACGUACGACAUUCCCAAGAAGGAGAAGAGGGGUCCCAGGAAGUGGCGUUCAAAGAAUUACAGCAAAGAUCCCCCAGCCACACUACAGGUACACACUGUUUUACGUUCUCUCAAAGCAAUACCUGCUACUGCUCCAUGUCAACUUUGACUUAUGCUAAAUCCUACAGCCACUUGAGAUAAGUGUUGCAUUGACCAAAGACUACUAGAAGAAUAGGUCUGCGUGACACCCAAUACAUCCCCCACCUGUAAUUGUCUUUAACCCUGAUUUAUCUCCUUCCACCAGGUUCCUGGCUGUGUCUCACCACCUGCCUCUCUUCUUCUCCAUACUUCCCACCCAAACCUCUCUACUGAAGCCAACACCUCCUCCCAAGAAUCCCCAGACUCACCUACUGAUGCGAACCGCCUCCAGGAGGACUUCUGCAGGCUGGCCAACAACGGUGAGUCCCUUGUGUCAGAUCGGCCCCCUGGGUCAAUAUAGGUAUUUUACAGGCUGGGUAUGGUGGUUAAAACACAUUUCGCUCUCUUUUUUUUCUCACUCUGUGUAUGUCUCUCUCUCUAGUUCACUCCACUCUGCGGUCAGCCUACAGUUCUCUAUCAGCAGAGAGAGACAGAGUGAGACACACUAUUGACCUGCAGGCCCCUCCUCCAGCACAGGUCAUGGUCCUCAAGACCGGCUAUGGCUCGGUGAGUUAGGUGUGUGUUUGUGAGAGUGUGUGUAAGAGACAGGGCGAGUGCGUGUGUGCAUGUGCUGUGUUCCACAAUAUUGCACAUAUCAAGAUGUAUUGUCAAGUUGAUUUCAAGAGAUUGUUUAUAUACCAAACAUGACAUUAGGACUGAUCUGAACCUCAGCUGCCAAUCAACCUUUUCUACCAAUCAGGAUCUCCCAGAUGGAUCCCGCCAACUUGUCCACCAGGCGUCCAAUGUUAGUCAAGCAUCCAUCCCUGAGUCCAUGUCAGAGUUCUUUGAUGCUCAGGAGUACCAGCUGACCUCCAGCUCCUCUGAGAACGAGGUGAGCCCUAAGAUCAGAUCUGGGAUCAGAUUACCCAACCCCUAAGCCAACCCUAACCAUUAGGGAGAUAAACAAUGAUCUGACCCUGAAUCAGUCAUUAAUAUAUGUUUUUCUCUGUUUGUCUCCAGGCUUCUGAUGAUGACUCGUAUGUCAGUGAUGUCAGCGACAGCGUUUCCAUGGACACCGGCUACAGCAACGAGGGAGGAAGCGAGAGACAUGACUCUGGUAUCCCGUGUGUGUGUGUGUGUGUGUGUGUGUGCGGAUGGAUGGGCCAGCAUAUGAGUAUUUCUAUGACGAGCAUACGAUUUGUACGAGUGAGCAAAUGUCUGUUCAGUUUGCUACCUCCAUUUUAAGAGCAGCACCUCUCCCCCUCUCUCCCCCCCAGCAGCCUCAAGAGGUGAUGGUGUUCAGGUGGCCCGCAGGCGGACUACCCUCCCCUCCCCCCAGCCCAGCAGCAGCAGUGUCAGUCUAUGGAACAUCCUCAAGAACAACAUAGGGAAGGACCUGUCCAAGGUAGCCAUGCCUGUUCAGCUCAACGAACCUCUCAACAUACUACAGAGGCUGUGUGAGGAGGUGGAGUACUCAGAGCUGCUGGAUACAGCCAACAACACACAGGACCCGUACCAGAGAAUGGUGAGGAUAUAGAAUGCAAGUGUACACACACACACACACACACACACACACACACACACACACAAUCCCUAGCAACGCAGGGUGAGAGAAUUUGGACAUACUCACACCAUGAUUCUUAUGAUGCAUUGUGGGAACCCACACACACUCACAACCUCUAUCUACACAUGGUAAGUAACACAGUCUCUGUCUCUUUCUCUGUGUCUCUCUGUAUGUGUGUCUCCUGUGCUGCAGGUGUAUGUGGCAACAUUUGCGGUGUCUGCGUACGCCUCCAGUUACCACCGGGCAGGAAGUAAACCCUUUAACCCCGUCCUAGGAGAGACCUACGAGUGUGACAGACCUGACAAGGGCUUCAGGUUCAUAGCAGAACAGGUAAACAAACCUACAGGAACAAGUUAACGUCACUCACAUACAGUAAACCAAGAAUCACUGGGCUGAUUCAUUUUUUCGUUCCAAAUGGCACCCUAUUCCCUAUAUAGUGCACUACAUUUGACCAGGGCCCAUAGUGCUCUGGUCAAAAGUGGUGCACUAUAUAGGGAAAAGGGUGCCAUUUGGGACACCAACAUUGCAUAGGAUGACUGAACACUCAUAACAUUGUCAGUUGAACCCACGUUGUACCCCCUGUCCUUCUCAGGUGAGCCAUCACCCACCUGUGUCAGCGUGUCACUGUGAUUCUAACAACUUUACUUUUUGGCAAGGUAAGCUUCCAUGUUUUCAGUAAACAUAUCACCACCUUUUCUUUCUAUUUGUAAUUGUUAUUGUGAGGGUUACCUGCCCCACUCACCUACUUCCCCUGUCUGUCUCUCUGUCCCCUGUAUGUCUCUCUGUCCCAUCUGUCUGUCAGAUGUCCAGUGUAAGAAUAAGUUCUGGGGAAAAUCCAUGGAGAUUGUUCCUAUGGGAACCACUCAUGUGACCCUGCCAGGGUGAGUCUCUUUGACUUAUAGAACGUGUUUGUGUCAAAGAGCUGCUUUCAUAUGAAAUAGAGGUGUGUGUGUGUGUGUGUGACAGUCGUUUGUCAUCCUCAGGUUUGGGGACCACUAUGAGUGGAACAAGGUAACGUCCUGUAUCCACAACAUCCUGAGUGGCCAGCGCUGGAUAGAACACUACGGAGAGAUGUCAAUCAAAAACACCAACAGUGAAGCCUGCCAGUGUAAAGUGACCUUCGUCAAGGUGAGGAGACGGACUAUACCAUACCUGUGUGUACAGAUACACUAAGUAUGCGUCCCAAAUGGCACCCUAUUUCUUAUAUAGUAAACUACUACUCUGGCCAAAAGUAGUGCACUAUAUAGGGAAUAGGGUGUUAUUCGAAACUGCCUAACACAAUUCAAUGUAAAUUGUCCAACACGUAUGAAACCCUGGGCCAGCGUUUCCCAAACUCGGUCCUGUGGCCAAGGGGUGCACAUUUUGGUUUUUGCAUUAGCACUACACAGCUGAUUCAAAUAAUCAAAGCUUGAUAAUGAGCUGAUCAUUUGAAUCAGGAAUAGUGUGUAGUGCUAGGGCAAAAACCAAAAUGUGUACCACUUGGAGUCUCCAGCACCGAGUUUGGGAAAAGCUGGCCUAGGCACUUGCAUUAUGUUUCUGAGGGUAUUAUCUGGUGUAACAACACCAUCUGUUGGGGAACAGGAGGAACAACAUUCUGGAGACCAUAAUCCUGGAAACCUUAAAAGUUACAAAUGAGUGGUGGAUGGAUAAAUGUAUUAUUUAGAAUUCUAUGGAAUUUUUAUUAAAUCAUUUCUCACAUGAUUGACAGCGUUUUAUGGGUUUCCGAUUUGUAACAUCACAUUUGUUUUUUGCGUCAUUAGUUUAAUUAGUUUAUUAUUAUUAAUAUGUUUUGCAUAUUUAAUCCGCAGGCGAGAUCGUGGAGCUCAACGGUGAAUGAGAUAGAGGGAGUGGUCACGGACAGUGGGGGUCGUGUGAUCCACUCUUUCUUUGGCAAAUGGCACGAAGGCAUAUACCAAGGAGACACGCCCUCUGCCAUCUGCAUCUGGAGAGCAAGUGAGUGACUGGCUCUUUGGACUGUCCGUCACAACUCACACACCCACAGUCACAAACAUAAAGUGGCAUUCCACGGAAAUAUUAUAGGUUAUGAUGUUAUUUACCGUGAAAAAAGUUUUAAAUGGGUGUUUGGGUAAUUUUGUAAUAUGUGUUUGUGUAGACCCCAUGCCUGUGGACCAGGACCAGUACUAUGGCUUCACUCAGUUUGCUGUGGAGCUGAAUGAGCUUGAUGCUGCCCUGAAGCCCUUCCUACCCCCCACAGACACACGCUUCCGUCUGGACCAGAGGUAGGACAAACGGGAUUUGUAUUUGCUCUAUAUGUCUUCCUCAUCAUUCUUUAUUCACUCAUAUCUCUCGUAUUAAUCUUAAUCCAUUGUCGUAUUAAUAAAUAAUUAUAAGUAUUAAUAUUCUUAAUUCAUCUUAUCUUCUAUAUUUAUUCUCUUAUAUAUCUAUCUAUCUCAUAUAUCUGUUCUUGUAAAUAUCCUAUGUAUUAAAUAUAGUCUAAGUCUUAAUAGUGUCUCUCUAGAUUCUUUAAUCUAAUAAUAUUAAUACUCUACGUCUGCUUAAAGUCUAAUAUAAUAGUCUCAGUCAAUUAUAAGUAUAUAAUAUAAUAGAUCCUAUCUCGUUCUUCUUCUAUAUCCUACUCGUCCUGUAGAUAUAAGUUCUUCUAAUCUCCUUAUUCUCUUUCUCGUAUUAUCCUCUCUAGCGUAUCUUAAUAAUUAAUGAUAUCGUUAUAAAUAAUAUACUAGAUAAAGUAUUAAUAUAAUAAUAGAUAUAAGUAUAAAAUAUUAUAAUAUAUAUGUAUUAAUCAUAUAUAUAUUAUGUAUUAAUAAUAUAAUAUUAUAUGUAUUAAUAAUAUAAUAUAUAUGUAGUAAUAUAUAUAUGUAAAUAAUAUAUAUGUUUUUUCAAAUAUAAAUAUAUAAAGUAUUAAUAAUAUAAGUUUUAAUAAUAUAUAUAAGUAUUAAUAAUAGUUUAAAAAUAAUAUAUAUAAUAUAUUAUAAUAGUAUUAAUAAUAUAAUAUAUAGUUGAAUAUAAUAUAUAUAAAGUAAUAAAUAUAAUAUAUAAAAUAGCUAUUAAUAAUAUAAUAUAUAUAAUUUAUUAAUAAUAUAAUAUAUUUAAAUUGUAAUAGAUAUAAGAAAUUAAUUAUAUAAGUAUAAAUAAUAUACUAUUAUAAGUAAUAAAUAAUAUAUAUAUGUAUUAAUAAUAUAAUAUAUAUAGUAUUAAUAAUAUAAUAUAUAUAGUAUAAUAACUAUAAGAUAUAUAGUAUUAAUAAUAUAAUAUAAUAUAUAAGUUUAAUUAAUAUAAUAGAUAUAGUAUUAGAUAUAUAGUAUUAAUAAUAUAAUAUAUAUAUAUAGUAUUAUAAUAUAAUUUUAUAUAGUAUUAAUAAUAUAAUAUAUAUAUGUAUUAAUAAUAUAUAUAAUAGUAUAAUAAUAUAUAUAUAUAGUUUAUAAUACUAAUAUAUAUAGUAUUAUAAUAUAAUAUAUAUGUAUAAUAUAUAUAACUAUCUGUAUUAAUACUAUAGAUAUAUGUAUUAAUAAUCAUAUUUUAUAUAUAAGUAUUAAUAAUAUAAUAUAUAUGAGUUAUUAAUAAUAUAUUAUAUAUUAUGUAUGAAUAAAAUAUAUGUAUGAAUAAAAUAUAUAUGUAUGAAUAAAAUAUAUAUGUAUGAAUAAUAUAUAUUGUAUUAAUAAUAUCUAUAUGUAUUAUAAUAUAUAUAUAUAAUAUGAAUAAUAUACUAAUUCUCUAGUAUUAAUCAUGUAAUAUAUAUCUGUUAAUAAUCUCUAUAUGUAAGUCUUACUAAUAUAUAUCUCGAUAUGUAAUAAUAUGAUAUCUGUAGUCAAAUCUAUCAUCUUCAAUAUGCUCACACCUUCUGUCUCCUCCUUAUUCAUCUCUAGUAUUACUACUAUAUUCUCUCUAGUCUUGCCUCCUCUCUUCUCUCUCGUCUUCCUCUCCUCUCUCUCUGUCUUCCUCCUCUCUCUGUCUUCCUCCUCUCUCUGUCUUCCUCCUCUCCUCUCUCGUCUUCCUCCUCUCCUCUCUCUCCGUCUUCCUCCUCUCCUCUCUCUCUGUCGUCCUCUCGGUCUUCCUCGCUCUCCAGUUUUCCUUCUCUCUCUCAUACUUCCCUGUAUUAUACCACCCUUCUCAUAGGAUCCUUUUCACUCGAAUCUCUCCCUCUCCAUAAUAUCUCAUUCUCUCUCUCUAUUUCUCUCACAGGUGUUUGGAAGAAGGGAACAUUGAGGGGGCUGAGGAACAGAAACUGAGGAUAGAGCUGCUCCAGAGAGAAAGGAGGAAAGUUCUGGAGGAGAACAACAUGAUGCACAAACCACGCUUCUUCAAGUAUGCAACAGUGUGUGUGUGUGUGCCUGCCUUUCUGUCUGAUUCCAGCAGACAAGGGAGUUCAUUGCUCAUACAUUUAGCCACGAAGACAGACCAAGGCAGUCUUACUUAUUAGCUGCACAGUAUCCUAUACAACAGUGGUUCCCAACGUUUUUCGCGCACCCCCUCGUGCAUUUUACCGGUAAGCCUAUCAUCUCAUGAUUCUUCUCAAGUACCCCCUGUGGAUAGGCCAAGUACCCCCAGGGGUCCUUGUACCCCUGGUUGGGAACCACUGCUAUACAAUAUCGAAAAGAUCUGACGGAUUGGCACCACUGUCUAUAUAACUUACCACACUGCCACAGGUCUGUCAUCUGAAUAACACUCCAUUAGCCUCAGGGCUCUAUUUUAACAAACCUAACGCGAUGGUUAAUCUAAGUGCAGGCGGUAGCGCUAUAGGUUCAGGGGUGUGUCAGAAAUAUUUUUGCUAUUUUCACUUACAAUUAUCUGUACACUUACUGGCGUUGGCACAAAAGGGCUGGAUUUUGAUGAAUAAACACGUUGUGGGUGUGUCGAGGCUUGGCCCCUCACUGGCCAAUCAGAAUGUGCUCCAUGGUGAAAUAUGUGGUUGCUUCAAGUUGUGUAUUUACGGUCUUCUAUGUAUUGCCUUGGAAUCAACUCUAAUUCCAAUGUUAGUCCGUUAGCAUUUCGCUACACCCGCAAUAACAUCUGCUAAAUAUGUGUAUGUGACCAAUACAUUUGAUUUGAUUAUAGUUUGUUAAAUGGCUUACAAAAACGAAAUAACAAAAUGUAGACCUAUCUUUGCUAAAUAUGUUAACUUGAACCCAUUUGCAGUCCACAUUGUUCUAAGUAAUUGCAUGGCUUCAAUAGCAUUCACACUGAUAUAGGGGCUAGGCCUACUGUACAUUGCAUUAUGGCUGAGCAUGGAUAUGCCAAACAUUGUAAAAAAGCAAGAUUAAAUUAAUUAUUGAUAAGGCCUAAAAAGAGAAGGAAUAAUUCAAAUCAAAUUCUAAACAAAACGAAACAACAACUUGUUUUAAAAGGCUAUCUCGCACUAAUAGGCACCAUAAUUUCUCCCCAUGGCCAUAAAAUAUUAAAAUAAUGCAGACUAUGGAGGGUUUUACCCACAUCCAAAACGGGACCUGCACGCUAAGAUAAUGUGGGCCUGCCUACAAUGCAUAGAUAAAAAGGGAAUGUCAGCUCACUGUUUUACUUCUCUCAAAGCUUUGGUGAUUUAAGAUUUAUUUCCAAGCGGUCUCAGGAGCCAAACCCUUUAUCGACAGUCUUGACUACUUCGCAAUUGCAUUGGGCAGCACAAAAAAAAGCCUUUAUUGAGAGGAGGGGAGGCUAUGCUUGGUUUUUAACCAAAUAAAAUGAAAUGGGGGAAAAAAACAUUACAUUUAUGUUUCUAAAAACGAAGUAUAAAGGCACCAAAAUCACAUUAAGCUACUCUUGUUCCAUGCGCAUAUGGGCAGUGUGCAUCAUAGCUGGAUAGGCUGCGUUUCCGCUGUCAAAAUUAAUGCCAUAACCAACUGCAUUACUGCUAAAUCCAGCUUUUGGUUGGUCUUAAAUAUCCUAUCAGCGCUGCCUGAAAUUAGCACUUUGAAUCAUGAUUUUAAGGACAAGCAUAAAAUAUUUCCAACAAUAUUUCCAACUCCCAUCUGAGCGCAAGUGUGCUGAUAUUAGACAGACCUGGCGUUAGGGCUGGGAAAUGCCAAUGCGGCAGUUUUUAAAUGACGAAAUUGCAAACCUAACGUGCGUUUGACACUAGCACUGCCUUAACGCCAGCUGGAAAUAGAGCCCCUCAGUGUCGGACUGGUCAAAACGACACCAUUAAGUUGUUCUGUGUAGUCAUGAGAUCUCAGACAGUUCUGCAUUAAUGUUUACAGGGGGUUAGGGUUGUACACUUACAGCCAGGUUAUGCAGUAUGUUUGAAAUAUGUGUUAAGUUAUUUAUAUGUAUGGUAUGUAUGUAUGUAAUGUAAUGUAUGGUAUGUAUGGUAUGUAUGGUAUGUAUGUAUGGUAUGUAUGGUAUGUAUGGUAUGUAUGGUAUGUAUGGUAUGUAUGUAUGUAUGUAUGUAUGUAUGUAUGUAUGUAUGUGUAUGUAUGUAUGUAUGUAUGUAUGUAUGUAUGUAUGUAUGUAUGUAUGUAUGUAUGUAUGUAUGUAUGUAUGUAUGUAUGUAUGUAUGUAUGUAUGUAUGUAUGUAUGUAUGGUGGGGGAAAAAAAGUAUUUAGUCAGCCACCAAUUGUGCAAGUUCUCCCACUUAAAAAGAUGAGAGAGGCCUGUAAUUUUCAUCAUAGGUACACGUCAACUAUGACAGACAAAUUGAGAAAAAAAAUUCUAGAAAAUCCCAUUGUAGGAUUUUUAAUGAAUUUAUUUGCAAAUUAUGGUGGAAAAUAAGUAUUUGGUCACCUACAAACAAGCAAGAUUUCUGGCUCUCACAGACCUGUAACUUCUUCUUUAAGAGGCUCCUCUGUCCUCCACUCGUUACCUGUAUUAAUGGCACUUGUUUGAACUUGUUAUCAGUAUAAAAGACACCUGUCCACAACCUCAAACAGUCACACUCCAAACUCCACAAUGGCCAAGACCAAAGAGCUGUCAAAGGACACCAAAAACAAAAUUGUAGACCUGCACCAGGCUGGGAAGACUGAAUCUGCAAUAGGUAAGCAGCUUGGUUUGAAGAAAUCAACUGUGGGAGCAAUUAUUAGGAAAUGGAAGACAUACAAGACCACUGAUAAUCUAUCUCGAUCUGGGGCUCCACGCAAGAUCUCACCCCGUGGGGUCAAAAUGAUCACAAGAACGGUGAGCAAAAAUCCCAGAACCACACGGGGGGACCUAGUGAAUGACCUGCAGAGAGCUGGGACCAAAGUAACAAAGCCUACCAUCAGUAACACACUACGCCGCCAGGGACUCAAAUCCUGCAGUGCGAGACGUGUCCCCCUGCUUAAGCCAGUACAUGUCCAGGCCCGUCUGAAGUGCAUUUGGAUGAUCCAGAAGAGGAUUGGGAGAAUGUCAUACGGUCAGAUGAAACCAAAAUAUAAUUUUUAGGUAAAAACUCAACUCGUCAUGUUUGGAGGACAAAGAAUGCUGAGUUGCAUCCAAAGAACACCAUACCUACUGUGAAGCAUGGGGUUGGAAACAUCAUGCUUUGGGGCUGUUUUUCUGCAAAGGGACCAGGAUGACUAAUCCGUGUAAAGGAAAGAAUGAAUGGGGCCAUGUAUCGUGAGAUUUUGAGUGAAAUCCUCCUUCCAUCAGCAAGGGCAUUGAAGAUGAAACGUGGCUGGGUCUUUCAGCAUGACAAUGAUCCCAAACACACCGCCCGGGCAACGAAGGAGUGGCUUCGUAAGAAGCAUUUCAAGGACCUGGAGUGGCCUAGCCAGUCUCCAGAUCUCAACCCCAUAGAAAAUCUUUGGAGGGAGUUGAAAGUCUGUGUUGCCCAGCGACAGCCCCAAAACAUCACUGCUCUAGAGGAGAUCUGCAUGGAGGAAUGGGCCAAAAUACCAGCAACAGUGUGUGAAAACCUUGUGAAGACUUACAGAAAACGUUUGACCUGUGUCAUUGCCAACAAAGGGUAUAAAACAAAGUAUUGAGAAACUUUUGUUAUUGACCAAAUACUUUUUUUCCACCAUCAUAUGCCAAUAAAUUCAUAAAAAAUCCUACAAUGUGAUUUUCUGGAUUUUUUUUUCUCAUUUUGUCUGUCAUAGUUGACGUGUAUCUAUGAUGAAAAUUACAGGCCUCUCUCAUCUUUUUAAGUGGGAGAACUUGCACAAUUGGUGGCUGACUAAAUACUUUUUUUCCCCACUGUAUGUAUGUAUGUAUGUAUGUAUGUAUGUAUGUAUGUAUGUAUGUAUGUAUGUAUGUAUGUAUGUAUGUAUGUAUGUAUGUAUGUAUGUAUGUAUGUAUGUAUGUAUGUAUGUAUGUAUGUAUGUAUGUAUGUAUGUAUGUAUGUAUGUAUGUAUGUAUGUAUGUAUGUAUGUACCGUUGAAGUCAGAAGUUUACAUACACUUAGGUUGGAGUCAUUAAAAGUUGUUUUUCAACCACUCCACAAAUUUCUUGUUAAGAAAAUAUAGUUUUGGCAAGUCGGUUAGGACAUCUACUUUGUGCAUGACACAAGUCAUUUUUCCAACAAUUGUUUACAGACAGAUAAUUUCACUUAUAAUUCACUGUAUCACAAUUCCAGUGGGUCAGAAGUUUACUAAGUUGACUGUGCCUCUAAACAGCUUGGAAAAUUCCAGAAAAUUAUGUCAUGGCUUUAGAAGCUUCUGAUAGGCUAAUUGACAUCAUUUGAGUCAAUUGGAGGUGUACUUGUGGAUGUAUUUCAAGGCCUACCUUCAAACUCAGUGCCUCUGCUUGAUAUCAUGGGAAAAUCCAAAUAAAUCAGCCAAGACCUCAGAAAAAAAAUUGUAGACCUCCACAAAUCUGGUUCAUCCUUGGGAGCAAUUUCCAAACGCCUGAAGGUACCACGUUCAUCUGUACAAACAAUAGUACGUAAGUAUAAACACCAUGGGACCACGCAGCUGUCAUACCGCUCAGGAAGGAGACGCGUUCUGUCUCCUAGAGAUGAAUGUACUUUGGUGCGAAAAGUGAAAAUCAAUCCCAGAACAACAGCAAAGGACCUUGUGAAGUUGCUGGAGGAAACAGCUACAAAAGUAUCUAUAUCCACAGUAAAACAAGUCCUAUAUCGACAUAACCUGAAAGGCCGCUCAGCAAGGAAGAAGCCACUGCUCCAAAACCGCCAUAAAAAAGCCAGACUAUGGUGUGCAACUGCACAUGGGGACAAAGAUCGUACUUUUUGGAGAAAUGUCCUCUGGUCUGAUGAAACAAAAAUAGAACUGUUUGGCCAUAAUGACCAUUGUUAUGUUUGGAGGAAAAAGGGGAGGCUUGCAAGCCGAAGAACACCAUCCCAACCGUGAAGCACGGGGGUGGCAGCAUCAUGCUGUGGGGGUGCUUUGCUGCAGGAGGGACUGGUGCACUUCACAAAAUAGAUUGCAUCAUGAGGAAGGACAAUUAUGUGGAUAUAUUGAAGCAACAUCUCAAGACAUCAGUCAGGAAGUUAAAGCUUGGUCGUAAAUUGGUCUUCCAAAUGGACAAUGACCCCAAGCAUACUUCCAAAGUUGUGGCAAAAUGGCUUAAGGACAACAAAGUCAAGGUAUUGGAGUGGCCAUCACAAAGCCCUGACCUCAAUCCUAUAGAAAAUGUGUGUGCAGAACUGAAAAAGUGUGUGCGAGCAAGGAGGCCUACAAACCUGACUCAGUUACACCAGCUCUGUCAGGAGGAAUGGGCCAAAAUUCACCCAACUUAUUGUCGGGAGCUUGUGGAAGGCUACCCGAAACGUUUUACCCAGUUUAAACAAUUUAAAGGCAAUGCUACCAAAUACUAAUUGAGUGUAUGUAAACUUCUGACCCACUGGGAAUGUGAUGAAAGAAAUAAAAGCUGAAAUAAAUCAUUCGCUCUACUAUUAUUCUGACAUUUCACAUUCUUGAAAUAAAGUGGUGAUCCUAACUGACCUAAGACAGGGAAUUUUUACUAGGAUUAAAUGUCAGGAAUUGUGAAAAACUGAGUUUAAAUGUAUUUGGCUAAGGUGUAUGUAAACUUCCGACUUCAACUGUAUGUAUGUAUGUAUGUAUGUAUGUAUGUAUGUAUGUAUGUAUGUGACUGUUGUUUUGUUUAUUUAACAGGAAAUCAAAGGAUGACACGUGGCUGAGCUCUAAUACAUACUGGGAGCAGCGGAAGGACCCCGGGUUCAGCUGCAGAGAGGACUUCCCUGUGCUGUGGUGA